UGCAAAUGUCCUGCACAUUUCCCGCUUCCCCCCCUCCAUCUAUUUUCUCUCUCUAUAUACUCUCCUCUUUCUCUCUCUCUUUUUUUUCUCUCUAUUAUCUCUUCUUUCUUUCUUUACUUUUAUUUCUCUAACUUUUAACACAGCACAGCGACAUCACCAGAUCAAGAGAAGGAAACGCUCCAUCGUCAGUCUCUCUUUAUGCUCUCUCUCUAUGGCUUCACCGAAAAUAUAUAUUUUCUCUCUCUACAUUCUCUCUCCCUCUCUACAUUUGUCUCUGUAAUUUACAACCCUAAGCACUGCUGGAAGAGCUAUACGGCCAUAGCCAGUCUCUCUCUCUAGAGUAGGAAGAGGUACAUUUUCUCCGUCGUACUCUCUAUCCAGAAUAGGAAGAGCUACAUUGUCUCUCUAUCUCCUUUUUCCUUGAGAGAUGGAUUCAACUGCUCUCUUCAACCAAUUGAAGGCGGCAGAACCAUUUUUCCUUUUAGCUGGUCCCAAUGUUAUAGAAUCUGAGGCGCAUGUUCUGAAGAUGGCUGGACAUAUUAAGGACAUCACCUCAAAGCUUGGGGUGCAGUUGGUUUUCAAAUCCAGCUUUGACAAAGCUAAUCGUACAUCGUCAAAAUCAUUCCGUGGUCCAGGCCUAGAAGAAGGCUUGAAGAUCCUUCAAAAGGUCAAGAUGACUUUUGAUCUUCCUAUUGUGACAGAUGUGCACGAGGCAAGCCAGUGUGAACCUGUUGGGAGGGUUGCUGAUAUCAUUCAGAUUCCAGCUUUUCUAUGUCGCCAGACAGACCUUCUAGUUGCAGCUGCAAAGACUGGGAAAAUAGUCAAUAUUAAGAAAGGCCAAUUUUGUGCUCCUUCUGUCAUGGUAAAUUCUGCAGAAAAGGUUCGAUUGGCAGGGAAUCAAAAUGUAAUGGUUUGUGAGCGGGGCACCAUGUUUGGCUAUAAUGAUUUGAUUGUUGAUCCCCGCAACUUGGAGUGGAUGAGAGAAGCAAAUUGUCCUGUUGUUGCAGAUAUUACUCAUUCCUUACAGCAGCCUGCAGGCAAAAAGCUAGAUGGUGGUGGUGUUGCAAGUGGCGGUCUUCGUGAACUCAUACCCUGUAUUGCAAGGACAUCAGUUGCAGUUGGGGUUGAUGGUAUCUUCAUGGAGGUACAUGAUGAUCCGCUGAAUGCUCCAGUUGAUGGUCCAACACAGUGGCCUCUGUGCCAUUUGGAGGAGCUACUUGAAGAGCUCAUUGCAAUUUCAAGGGUCAGCAAAGGAAAACAACCAUUCAAGAUUGACCUCACUCCAUUUCGUGGCUAAGGUAUGACUUGUAAUAGAUUUUCACACAAUGAUCUCUGUUGAGUUACAUGUAGGAAAUGCCGUUUGAUUUAUUCAUCUGAAAAGAAAAAACAAAAGGUUAUAUUUAUGAUGUCUAUGCUUGAAUGAAACAAUUUAGAACAUAUGAACUUGAAGCCAAUUCUGUAAUGAACCUCUUUUGAAUGAGUGGUUGAAUAAAAUAGAUUUCCGUUAGCUUACA